UGCUUCAGACGAAGGUGGCUCACUUCACCAAAGAGUCGCCUCAACGUAAUGGAAGACACCGGUGGAAUCAAACAUGACAGCAGUGGUGAAAACACAGAGUCCAGCCCGUCCUGUUGAGUUCCUCCUGCCGACCAACAUCUCGGACCAUUCACAUGCAAAUUCAACUCAGUUUCAGGGUGACUUCCUGCCUUGGUCUUCCACAAGAGCAGAACGUGUUCUGUAUGUGACAGAGGCGAUGGCUUCCUACCAGUGUCACCCAUUGCCACAGAUGACCCGCACACCACAAAUGACCAGGCUUCGCACCAACUUCGAGAUGCAAACAGACCCAGAGGAAGUUGCUUUCCUCACCACCUACUCCCAGAAGUUUCAGGCUUGGCCCUUCCAGGUCCCUCCCACACCCAUCAGACCAACACAGGCCGUCAAGAACAACCAGCAUGUGGAAAAGCUUCCAGAAAGCACCAACAGAUCCACUUUCACGCCACACCACAGUCCCUCUAUUGUAAAAGCCACUGCAAAACAUCUGGACGGCUUCCCCACAAUAAAAGGGGAUGAGCGCCAUCGCAGCUUCGUCUCGCAUUACAACGACACCUUCCAGGGAGCCUGGAGCAGAGCUGCUCAACCUGUGGACCAGCACUCCUCCUCAGUGAUUAUCGGUGACCCUGUGACGACUGUGGAGAGAGAAACAACCCACAGUGCGUCAUUCAGCCGGCCCACAGCCUGCAGGCCACGAGUGGUCAAAGAGCAUUUGAAGAUCAACCUUGGAAAUUUCUCAAAGAACCCUUGGUCCUCUACUUCCAAAGAAACUUAUUGUCCUCACAAGCUGGGCGGUCCAGUUGUGCUGACAAGGAGAAACAAAACCUCCAGUUCCUUACCCAGUGGAGACACUGAUACGAGUCGCAACAGAGAGAGAAUGUCGCUCACCACUAACAGAGUGUCCUUCUCUGAUCCGACCCCUCCACAGCCUCCAGUGUAUGUGCAUGGGUCUGACCUGAUGACCAAAAGCAAUGUACAGUUCAGCCCAGCGCUUACAUCAGGCCUGUACUACACAACCACAGCAAAGCAUCACUACGGCAGAAAACAGGUAGAGCCGGCCCGGCCAGCCAUCCAGUUCCGGAGCAACAUACUGACUGGGCCAGAGCCUGGGCCAAACCUCAGCACCACCCAGGCUGACUUUCUCCCUCUGAGGGCCUGUAAACAGACACCUUGUCUGUUACUGCAGCAGAGUCACAUCAGGUUUCCACUGGCUGAGCCCCACUUCAGCACCACCCACAGUGAAGACUACACAUUCAAACCUCUGAUCGUGCAGCAGCCAGGCUGCAGCCACUUCCUCUCUCAUAUUGUCAUGAAGUGA